AGUAUAGCUCCUCCCACCACCCCGGUGUACUUGGCUACACAGCAUAAACAUUAGCACCAUUUGUCAGUGGUGAAAUGGAUUUCGUUUAUAUUUUGGAGGAUGUAUUGUGAGUCGUUAAUGCACAUAGCUUUAAAAUAACAAGACAGCGGUCAUCGGCCUUACUUGCACAUCCGACCAUGGUCGCCUUCUAAACAGGUGCAGCAGUUACGGAGUCGAACUGACAGCCGUCUGUGGACUCACCGGGCCGCCAAUAAUAGCAAAAGAGUGUCUCCAUCCCUAGCGUCGGUCAUGCAUCUGUAAGACACGCCCCCCCUCCAUCCAGCGCUCCCUAUGGAUUCUAGCGAUGACCUAGCGCUGGAUAUCAUUGUCACCAAUGUUGUGGCAACGUUCCGGACCAGGUGUCACCUCAACCUGCGAACCAUUGCCCUGGAGGGGGUCAACGUCAUCUACAAGCCGGAAGUAGGGAAAGUCCUGAUCAAGCUCCGUAAGCCCAGGAUCACUGCCUCGAUCUGGUCCUCAGGGAAGAUCAUCUGCACCGGGGCCACCAGUGAGGACGAGUCAAAGGUUGGUGCCCGCAGAUUAGCACGCAUUCUGCAAAAACUGGGCUUUAAGGUGAGGUUUUCCGACUACAAGGUAGUGAACGUGCUGGCGGUGUGCUCCAUGCCCUUCUCCAUCCGCCUCAUAGACUUCACCAAAAAUAAUCGUCCCAUUGCCAGUUACGAGCCCGAGCUCCACCCGGCUGCCACGUACAGGAUCAAACACCUGAAGGCCACCGUGCAGGUCUUCUCCACGGGCAGCCUUACAAUCACAGGACCAAACGUGCAGAGUGUGGCCACCGCGGUGGAGGAGAUCUAUCCGCUGCUGUUUGAGUGUCAGAAGCCUCUCCGGAAAUGAGACGAGGACGCCCAAGGGACCAGCGGAGAAGCACUUUUGAAAUCUGUGGAUUUGUGCGAUUUUUUGGGACGUUUUAUUCGGUCCACCCAGAAACGGCUACUGUGAAUCUGUGACCCCCCCCAAUUGGCUGGAUUUGACUUGGAAACUCUUCCCCUUAAAUUCCCCCCGUCCCUCCGUCCUUCACAAAGCUUGUGUAGUAGCUGUCUUGACAUCGUGGGGUGUGUGACACUUUUACACUUUCACCCCUGAUCUCUGCUAUGGUCUCAGAUGGCUGCACCGACCUUUGAUUGAAACUAAUUGGGCAGGUCUCUAACCGAAAUCUCAUUGAGGGAUAUUUUCCGAUUUUCUUAAUGUCACAGGUCUUUUUUAUUUGUAUGCAUGCCCAUGAUAAAUGGACAGGCCACCAGUCUUACAUUUUGAGCGCAAAUCUAUGUAAACCGUCAGAGGGACGCCAUCUGUAUUUUAUCACCAUUUUCUAAAGACGCUUUUAAAGUCCAUUUUUGCCACGCUGAAUAUUGCCAUGCCUUGAUUUUAACCCUGUAUUCUCCUCCACGUGGCACUGUGGCACUCUGGUUCCGUCCCCGUUUGAAACUGAGGCCGAAGACGCCGCUAACCGUCCCGUGAGGUGUUCCGAAAAGCAUGAUCGUUUGUCGGGAGUGUUAAUGAAUCGGUUCUUUUAUUUUGUCUUCACUCGUACUCGUAUAGGCCGAAGAAGAACUUGUAUAACGUUAAGGCGAGGAACAGCCGUGGGGAGAGAGAGAAUGACGAUUUGAUGAGGCAAAUGGCUCGAGCUGUUAAGGCGGUCCCACUCAUCGGUGUGUGGAGAGCUCCACUCACCUUCAUGUGUUGGCGUGAGGACCCCACCUGGCGUUGACCUGGUUCUCAUCCAUGUGGGGGGAAACCCCCAGUAGAAGCCUGUCAGACUUGAACGACCCUGUUCAACCGAGGAAGUGUGACGCUUCCGUUUGUGUCGAAUGUUCCAAACUUUUGUAUUUUAUAAUGAAAACAGACAUCGAAAUAAAUGAGGCUGUCGUAGACAUG